UCUUACUGCGCAUGCGCAGGGAAAACGUGAACCUUUACCGAACAGCAGUUUAGGAUUUGUACUAUUUGGACAGAUUAAAUGAUUUAAAGAUGCUGGUGUUGUUGUGGAUUUCUAUGACAACAUGGUGAUGGUGUGUGAUUCUUUUCUCUGUGCCGCAUCAGCAGUGAGAGAUCGGAUUAGAUCAGAUUAGAUCGGAUUAGAUGAGAGUAGAUGAGUCUGGGUGAAUGGCUCAGAGUCGGACCGAGCACGCAGAGGCUCAGCUGGCUGAGCUGGAGCUGCUGUUGAGUAUGUUUCCCGGUCAGGACGAGCUGGAGGUGGAUCAGGUGGCACAUGCAGAGCUGAGAUCUUAUGUAGAAGGAACAGUGGACUGUUCACCAAACACCAGACCUGAACUGUGCAUCAAGAUCCGGACACACACAGGGGUAGACGUUUCACUCUCAUGCACGUACCCGUCUGACUAUCCAGCAGUGCUGCCCGAGAUCGUAGUCAGGUGUGGUGAGUUGAGUCGGACGCAACACGCCUGCCUCGUCUCCGGGCUUCGCUCGUACCUGCGCGAGAGCUGCAUGGGUGAAGUGUGUGUGCUGUCCGCCGUCAAUUGGCUCAGAGAUCAGACACACGUAUACCUCGAGCAGGACGAUAACAACGAUGACGAUGGUGCGAAAGGAACAGUGGAAACGCCGCGUGGAGAAACCUUCACCAGGCUGUGGAUCUACAGCCAUCACAUCUACAACAAAAGCAAAAGAAAGAACAUCCUAGAGUGGGCCAAAGAGCUGCAGCUGACCGGCUUCAGUAUGCCAGGGAAGCCGGGGGUCGUGUGUGUGGAGGGUCUACAGGCUGCCUGUGAGGAAUUCUGGGCCAGGGUAAAGGUCCUGACCUGGAAACGCAUCAUGAUCCGUCACAGAGAGGACGUCCCGCUGGACUUAGUCACUCAGAACCCAAAGUCUCUGCGAAGGUUCGAUGGCUUUGAGGAGGCCUCGUUCGAUCCUCAUGGGAACAGGGGGAACCACAUGGACCUCGGGCAGCUCUUCCAGUUCCUCAGCGAUCGAGGUUGUGCACAAAUCUUCCAGCUAUACUUCGGAGUUGAAGGGAGAUGAGUGAGGACUUUUCAUAAAGCAGGUUUUUAGUUUAUAGAGUGUGUGUGUGUGUGUGUGAGAGAGAGAAAUGAUAAAGUGCCUCUGUUUUAAAUAAUACACCAACUCCAUGUCAUAUAGAAUAAAGAGUUAUGUAUAAA